AUGGCGGACGAUUAUGGACGAAAAUGGGAUCGAUGCCUUGCUGAUACAGCCGUAAAAACAGUCACAGGCCUCAGUGUUGGCAUCGUGUUCUCCAUCCUCCUCUUCAAACGGCGAAUGUGGCCUCUGUCGUUCGGGUCAGGCCUGGGGUUGGGAAUGGGAUACACCAACUGCCAGCAUGACUUCAGGUCUCCAUAUCUGAUUCAUGGCCGCGUGCUUAAGGACCAAUAAUGGAACGAAGGCAACAAUGAGUUUCUCGUCUGUUUGUGUUUAACGCUCCUCGUCUCUAUCCAACAGUUCCUAGUGUAUAUCAAAAACAAUAAAUGUAUAUUUAUUAAAGCUC